AAAUCGGAAAGUUAAUCAAUAACGUUCUAUUUGAAUAAAUUCUACUAUUGUAUACAAACACUUUCUUGUAUUUGAGAUAAUGUAUACCUUACAUUUCUAUUGAAAUCAAAUGGGAGUCAUUAUGGGUUUUGAGAGGGCCUUAUCUGCCUACACGUAGGUAACCCUUUCCUUAUCAGCUGCUCCUACCCGAAGUGGCGGCUUAUCAGGCUACCAGUGCUUCAAAAAAAAGGACAGAAUGCCACUUGGAAAGCCAUAAAUCAUUCAGCCAUCUUGAAUAUCAGUAGAUCAAUGGAUUACAGAAGUAUGCAUAUUGGAAAUAAAUGAAGGAACUCCAAAUAUCAUGGCGUUUGGUUAUUUUUACGUCAUAUUGGCAGUUUGGGUGCUAUCUAUAACACACACAGAAGGAGUUUGUGACGUCCCAAAUUUUAUUGAAAUAAAAGAAGAUGCAACGGGAAACAUAUUAAAUAAUUCAAUAACAACUGCUGUACCGUUUACUUGGGACAUUACCGAAGUGUCAGGUCGUCCUAUAGGAAGCCUAAGCUUUGAAAACCAACAAAAAAUUAAGGAAUACUUUUCAUCGGGCAGGAAUAAUGAUUCAGUAUGGAUUAACGUUGUUAAGGCGAUUGAUAAAGAAAGUCUCCUUCUCGUGAUUGAGAUGAUUGUGGGUAACAUCCAAUUACGAGUAACGUGUGCCAAUAUUAUGACAGAUAUGACAGUUGUAAUUGCGUCAGUAAAUGAAUUUCCACCAGAGUUUGGAUCAAAUGUUUACUACAUCAAUGUCUCAGAGAGCAUCCUCCCAAGAACAACAGUAUAUACUAUCAAUGACGUCACUGACCGGGAUGUAGAUGAACCCAGUGAUCGAAGAUAUACAGUUUCUAGAGAUCUUCCAGAGUUUGAUGGAACCCCGUAUUUCGGAAUGAAAACAGGCAGUAGCCCAAAUAUUGUCCUUCUACAAUCUAUUGACUUUGAUGCAAUUGUUAGUGCCGGGAAGGUCCCGUCAUAUCUUAUCCAAGUGACUGUUGCGGACAAUGGUGGAAAGACAGGCAGUGCCCGUUUUAACUUUACAAUCAUCAAUGAAGAUGACCAGCCUCCUGCUUUCUUCCCGAGCUGUGGUAUCAGCUGUACGCCAAGUUAUACUGCCAUUGUCUCUUUCGGACAUAGUGGACCACUGACCAAUGUAACACCUGCAGCAGUACAGGCAGCUGACCUGGAUAGGCAGCAUGCCGUGAGAUAUAGUCUUCUUCAAGACUCCGAGGGGUAUCACAGAGGCUUCAGAAUAGACGCAAACACUGGUGUCUUGACUGCAGUCUCGGCUGUUACACGGACAUCCGUUUUACAGAUCAAAGCAACAGAAAAUUCUGCCUUGCAAAGGUCAGCAUUAACAACGAUGCUUGUCAAGAUAUCAACUAAUACGACGGGGGUAGAGCCACCGAGAGUAGGACAAUCGGUCUCAAAGGAAGAAGAUGAUAAUAUGAUGAUAAUAGUCAUCGUCGUCGCAAUCAUCUCUCUCAUUGUCAUCGUUGCUCUGAUUAUAGCACUCGUUGUAUAUUGCAAAAGACAGAGAAAAAAGACAGUGAAACCCGGAGAUGUCUGCUCUACUCCUUCGGGUUCUCAGGACGCCCUAAAUGCCGAUAAAGAACUAAGCAGCAGUAAACAAGAACUCUUACAGUCGUACGGCAUGUUUAUGACGUCACAGGAUGGGAAGAAUAAUCAACUUCCGCCUAUCAGUAAGGUAGACAUGAUGAUAGGAACCGAUGAAUUCAAGAAAAGGUCAAGAAGACGAAAGAAGAAAGAAUUGGAGGUGUUUGAUGGGACGAGGGAAUAUGAUAUGGAGGCAGACGUCAACUUCUUCAAGCAAGGAUCGAAGUCUAAAAUCAAACGAUCGACACGUAGUAUCAAAGAACAAAAACUGGAUCCGAAAUAUUGGAUUACAGUACAAAAUGGCUACUUGGAAUAGGGAUUUUUUUUUCCUGUAUUUUUAUUUGGUAGAUAUUAGAUAUAAGUGCCAUAAGUUGACUGUGAUAAACUGUGUGACUAUAGUUUUGAUUUUGUGUGAAAAAGAGCUUAAUUGUACACAUUAUAUAUUUAUGUUUAUACAGUGACAGUUUUUUUUAACUUAUUCCAGUAAAAAAGCUAUAAGUAACUUCUAAAUGUCGUCCAUCAAAUAAUGUAUUAUAUGUACGUCUUCUCUAACUCGAUAAAUUUUGUAGAAGAAAUCCAUCAAAAAGUUAAUGAAAGAGGUUUUCUUAUAAUUAUCUUUUUGAUGGAAGUUUUUUUUUCCUUGUUAAUAGCAAUGCACACUCUAAAACAAUGAAAUAUGGAGAUAACAAACAGUGAAUGUGGUUAUAUCAAAGAGGUAAUU